GACGUCACUCGAACUUGGCACAAUCUUGCGCUCUCGUGCCAGAAAACUCCGUCAUUCAGCUUCGGUCGCAGGUCGCGCGCAGUUGCACGAGGCUCCGCACAGAGCUGCACGCGCGGAUGUGGAGUAAACACCGCGGACUCUGCUGAACCGGGGAUCAUUCGCGUUGAGUUUGUACCGCACCAGCAGCACUUCCACACAGAGGAUAUAUCUCACCGGAGCUGCACACUGACACCGGAUGAUGAGCUGAACUGAGCUACGGGUCCUGCUUCAAAAAAAAAACCAAACAACAACCCAAAACAAACCCAAAGUGCACUUAAAGGCUGCAAUGUUUGUACAGUGACCUUGCUAUGGAUUUUAGCAACGAGGUCGAUCUUACCAACAACAACAACAACAGCAGCAGCAGCAGCAGCAACAACAUCAUCGCUCCUCUGUGGAAGAAGCGUGCCACGGACCAGGUCUCGAACGGCAACCUGAAACCCAAACCAAGACCUUUGAGCUAUCAGAUUGACGGUGUCCUUAUGACCGAUUUCCCCGUGGAGGACAAGUGCUCUUUCACCCUCUCGCAGCCUGCAGAGACAAUCUCUACUCCACAAGGAACCAUGGUGAUCAAACAUGUUUUGAACAAACCUGCCCAUAAAACUCGUGUUGUUAGGAGCAUUAGUAUCGGGCAUCUAUCCAGUGGACGCUUUUCUCUGGCUAGAUUCAGAUCAGAGAAUAAUAAUAAUGACUCUGUGGACAGUAACCAGGUGCCUAAAACCACCCUAUCUACAAAUACUGCAAAUGGCUUGAGCAAAAAGGAGACCAAAAGAGCUCACGAUCCUCUGAAACGCCUGUCCAUGCCAUUUACCCUCACCUCCCAGAGGGACCAGAUUGUUUUUGGGGACUCGUCCCCAAUAUCAGAUAGGCGAUCCCCACAGCAAUCUAGCUCUCCCUCUCAGAAUUCCCCUCAGCAGCUCUCUUCUCCAGUUGCUCUUCAAACUUCAUCUCAAAGCUUGAGGUCCAGCACUCCCUCCAUCUCUUCUUGCUCUUCUUCCUCCUCCUCCAUUCCCAGCACACCAUCCGAGCCCUUUACCCCUCAAUCUCUGUCUCCAGCUGAAGGCAGCACGGUAACUCCAGUUUCACGCCAAACCUCAAACUCCUCCCAAGGGUCAGAAGUCAAGUCACCCCUACCCAGCAUGGUCCUCAGUACGCACAGCCCCGCCGCGUUAAAGACGGGCACCCAGCAGCUCAUUCCUCACAACCUGGCAUCGGAACAUCGACCGGGCAAAAACGACCAAUCUGGGGGGCUGAUGGACCCUUCCAAACGUUCCCUCCGUGCCCGCAGCAUGGUGGAGAGUGGCUCCUACUUCUCCAGCAGUAAGGACGUUGAAGUGCCGGAUGGUGAGGAUGCACCAGGGCUGUUCAGGAGAGGCCUGAGGUCCACGUCGUACCGCCGGGCUGUGGUCAGUGGUGUAGAGCUGGACGUUCCUUCUAACCUCCUAAAAGGAGUCACAGACGUGAUAGAUGGAUCCAGGAGUCUACGACCCACCAAAAGCAAGAAUGGAGAGAAGAAGAAGAAAAAGAAGAUGCUACGGACCCAGAGGACCUUUGACAGUGAAGACGAGGUUCUGUAUCAGAACUACCAGGAGAAGGCACUGCACAAUGACUCGGAUGAGGAUGCUGAGCGUAGAGAGCCCAAAGCGGACGAGCGCAUCGUGGUGCAGUACAAACCCAUCCGGACGUCCUGGACUCAGCUCAGUGUGGUUAAGAAAAGUGGAGCGUGUGACCGGCUGAGCCAAGAGGAACGCAAGAGACAAGAGGCCAUAUUCGAGGUGAUCUCGUCCGAGCACAGCUACCUGCACAGUCUCAUGAUCCUCGCGCGCCUGUUCAAGGACUCGCCAGAGCUCAGCGACACCAUGACCAAGACGGACCACCACCACCUCUUCUCCAACAUCGUGGAUGUGUGUGAGGCCAGUAAAAAGUUUUUUGAGGAACUGGAGGACAGACACCAGCAGAACAUCGUGAUCGAUGACAUCAGCGAUAUUGUGAUCAGGCACGCCCAGGCAAACUUCGAACCCUACGUGACAUACUGCUCCAAUGAAGUGUACCAGCAGAGAACAUUCCAGAGACUAGCAAACAAGAGCCCGACCUUUAAGGAGGUUCUGUCCCGGAUCGAAGCGCACCCGGAUUGCCGAAACCUUCCCAUGAUCUCGUUCCUGAUUCUGCCCAUGCAGAGAGUCACCAGGCUUCCUUUGCUCAUGGAUACUAUUUGUCAGAAAACACCUAAAGACUCUCCUCAGUACGAAGCGUGCAAGAAAGCUCUUCAGUCGGUCAGCAAGCUUGUACGGAAGUGUAAUGAAGGUGCUCGUACGAUGGAAAGGACUGAGAUGAUGUACACCAUCAACUCUCAGCUGGAGUUUAAGAUUAAGCCGUUCCCGUUGGUUUCUUCCUCGCGCUGGAUGGUGAAGCGCGGUGAGCUCACGGCCUACGUGGAAGAGAGUGGGAUCUUCUCCAGGAAGACGACACGACAUCAGGUCUACUUCUUCCUCUUCAACGACGUCCUCAUCGUCACCCGCAAGAAGAGUGAAGAGAGUUAUGCGGUGAUAGACUACGCGCUGAGGGAUCAGAUCUGGGUGGGGCCGUGCCAGCCGGAGGACCUGAACCUCUCGCCGACGCGCACCACCGCAGGCAUGCUGACAUCACGGCAGGUCGGAGCCAAUCACCUGUUCCGCCUGAAAUUCCGCAGCAACCACUCAGGAGACAAAGUGCCCAUGAUCCUGGGGGCGGAGCUUCUUAAUGAGCGUGCUCGCUGGAUCAGCGCACUGGGACACACCAACAAUGAGAAGAGGAACGCAGACAGAACAAAUUCCAUGCAGGUGGAGGUGGUCCGUACGUACACGGCUCGGCAGCCUGAUGAACUCUCGCUGCAGGUGGCAGACGUCGUAAUCGUCUCACAGACAGUGGAUGAUGGUUGGUACGAGGGCGAACGAUUGCGGGACGGAGAGAGAGGCUGGUUCCUCGCCGAGUGCGCUCAGCCAAUCACGUGCCAGGCCACCAUCGAGAAGAACAUGCAGAGGAUGGACCGCCUCCAGGGCCUGGAGACCAACGUGUGAGCGGGAUUCUCUGCAGUUCCUCCCUAAACACACACACACACACACACACACACACGCACACUUCGAGAGAGAACGCUGGCCUGAGGAGCAGUACGAGAUGAUGUUAUCGAUGACCGCGACUCUUCCUACGAGCCAGUAGAAACUCCUAACAACAUCUCGACAGGACCGGAGACUGGUUCUUGGAAGAACAUGUGGAGGAACGUUUAAGGGUUCUUUAAGCGCAGUCUAGCACAGGGGCGUCAAACAUACAGCCCGGGAUCUGUCCUGAUCGCACUUCUGAUCUGCUGCACUGAAUCAAUGUAGUCGAAAUGUACAAAAAAACCCCCAAAAAGUUCACGUUUUAUUCCACUAGGGGGCAAAAGAGAGCAACAAACUCUGACAAAACGUCCUAAUGACUCUUUAUUCACAAGCUAAACUAAUUUUGGGGCAAUGGGGGUGAAAUACUUUUUAUUAUUAUUAUUAUUAUUAUUUUCUUUAUCAUUUGUAAAUAGUUUGGCAAACCAUAUUUAUUUUCACGCCACUUCAAUAUCAUGGCGUCUAAUCCUAAUGAAGUCUAAAUCAGUUCCGCGUUGUAACGAUACAAAAUGUGGGAAAAGUUCAAUGGGGGUGAAUACUUAUGCACAGCCCUGACAUUCGGAAGGAACUGUUGUUGGGUGGUCACUUUUUUUGUUGUUUUUUUUUAAUCUGUCCCCCUUCCCUGAAAUGAGUUUGACGCCUCUGAGCUAGCACACGAUCAUCGAACAUCAUGCUCGGUGCUUCUGUAGUACAAACGACAACUUUACCUUCACUGAUCCGCGUGUGUGUGUGUGUGUGUGUGAGAUUUUAUAAAAUAUAUAUAUAUAUAUAUAUAUAUAAAAGCAAGUUGUAAAUAAAUAAAGAGAAAAAUUAAGGGCUCAGGGAAGAUUUGUCUUUUUAAAAUAUAAAUAUAUAUAAAAUACACUCGACAUAUGAAAGGCUGGAGCGGUGUACUUAACCAACGGUAAUUUGCAUAAAUCGUGUAGAAAUCGCUUACAUAACGGCUUUUAUCUUCCUAAGGAUCAAACGCUACACUUCAGCUCUGUCUUUAUAAAACUGGGAAAUAUGCACACUUUCAUGUGUGUGUUUUUUAAAAAUAAAUAAAUAAAUAAAAAAGUGACGCUGGAUCAGAUGAGUUUGUCACAAGAUACUGGGGGGAAAAAAACCCCCCAUUAAUACGAAUGUAAAACGAAGGAAUGUUUACGGUCUGAAACGAGACGCUCGUCCUGGCCGGGUCGAGCCGGGGCUCAGAGAGAGGACACGCACGUGUGGUGUGAAUGAUGAUGUAAAUCUAAUGUAAAUACUGUAACGAGUCUACACAACGUAUAUUCCAUAAAGCUCUGUGUUUGUUUCA